CUCUGUCUUGUCUUCUCUCUACUCAGCAGGGUUCUGCUCUGAGUGACCAGGAAAACAUCUGGACACUUUAUUUUGGCCUCUGGGUUUCUGCUUGUUUUUUUUCCAGCAGAGUCAUGGGUGUUUGGCUGAAGUGGCUGUGGUACCAUAGGAACUACUUCAUCGUCACCAUCACUCCGUUCAUACUACUUCCUCUGCCGCUCAUCAGCCCUACGUCGCAAGCACGAUGUGGUUACGCCAUCAUCCUCAUGGCUCUGUUCUGGUGCACAGAGUGUUUGCCUCUGUCUGUGACCGCCCUGCUGCCAGUCGUCCUCUUUCCUAUGAUGGGCAUCAUGACAGCCGCAGAGGUCAGUAUUGAAUACCUGAAAGACUCUAACAUGUUGUUCAUUGGCGGCCUGUUGGUGGCCAUUGCAGUGGAGCGGUGUAACCUCCAUAAACGCAUCGCCCUACGAGUUUUGCUGCUGAUUGGCGUUCGUCCAGCCCUGUUGAUGAUGGGCUUCAUGAUUGUCUCUGCCUUCCUGUCCAUGUGGAUGAGCAACACGGCCUCCACAGCCAUGAUGCUGCCCAUCGCCGACGCUAUUCUGCAGCAGCUGAAAACCACCGAGAUCCAGGCGGAUGAGCGAGAUUUUCAGGCUGCAGCUGAGGUCAACCACGGGUUUGAGAUGGAGCCCACACCCACUAAGCAGGAAAUAAGCAACAACAACAGCAACACUCAGCAGGAGGACACAGAGUAUACACAUGAGCUGAGUCCAGAGUCAUGUCUGCAGUCCAAGAGACAAGCGAUGGAGGCAAGGUACCAACUCAUGAAGAAGGGGAUGAGUCUGAGUGUGUGUUACUCUGCCAGCAUCGGAGGCACGGCCACGCUCACCGGCUCGACCCCCAACCUCAUCCUCAAAGGCCAAAUCGACAAGAUGUUUCCUGGAAAUGGUGACGUGAUCAACUUCGCCAGCUGGUUCAUCUUCUCGUUCCCCAACAUGGUUCUCAUGCUUCUGUUUUCCUGGAUCUGGCUUCAGUUCAUGUUCCUGGGUUUCAACAUAAAGAAAUCAUUUGGCUGUGGCAUAAAGAAAGAUCACGAGGCGCGCGCGGUGAUGAGGGAGGAGUACCUCAAGCUGGGUGGCAUGAAGUUUUCUGAGGUGGCGGUGCUCAUCAUCUUCGCCACACUGGUGCUCCUGUGGUUCACCAGGGAGCCGGGCUUCGUCGAUGGCUGGGCCACGGUGCUCUUCAACAAGGAAAAGGCGUUUGUGUCUGAUGGAACUGUCGCCAUCUUAAUGUCGAUGCUCUUCUUCAUCAUCCCCUCCCAGCGGCCUAAGUUCGGAGGCUACGGUUAUGACGAAGCAGGUAAGGAGAUUAACUCCCCCCCCAAUCUGCUGAACUGGCAGAUAGUUCAUGAGCGAAUGCCCUGGCACAUCAUCCUGCUGCUCGGAGGAGGCUUUGCUCUGGCUGCUGGCAGUGAGAAAUCAGGACUGUCCACAUGGUUGGGAGAAAGCUUGACCCCUCUGGAGAAAAUUCCCAGCUUCGCCAUCUCGCUGUUGCUCUCCCUGCUGGUGGCCACAUUCACUGAGUGCUCCAGCAACACUGCCACCACCACCCUGUUCCUGCCCAUCCUCGGCUCAAUGGCCAUAGCGAUCAAGAUACACCCGCUGUAUGUGAUGCUGCCCUGCACCCUCGCUGCCUCUCUGGCCUUCAUGCUGCCGGUGGCCACACCACCCAACGCCAUCGCCUUCGCCUUUGGAGGACUGAGAGUCAUUGACAUGGUGAAAGCUGGCUUCAUACUGAACAUCGUUGGGAUUUUGACCAUAAAUUUGGGCCUCAACACCUGGGGAUACGCCCUGUUUGACCUGGGCAACAUCCCUGAUUGGGUCAACGCUACACAUGGCCAACCCUGAGUGACAACGGACACAACAAAGGACAGGAUGGUUUUUUUAAGGCUGCUGUAAAGUAUUUCACUCUUUUAUGAAGAUGUUUAUAAAAAUAUUCAUGAUCAGAUCAGCAACAAAAUGCUAAAAUUAAAUAAAAUAAUUGUA